AGAGAGAGAGAGAGAGAGAGAGAGAGAACGCAGUGGGUCCUCUGGCAUAGCCAUUAAGAUGCCUGUUUCAAAGAGAGGUGUCUGAUACUGUAGAAAGUGAGAACAGAGAAGAGAGAGGUUACGAGGAAUGUGUUGCUAUCACUUCAUCUCUAAGGACCAAUGACUGACUUCAACUGAUAUGGAAAGCAAGGAGGACACCUUUCAAACUGAAACAGGUCUUGUACAAUGAUGAAGUAGAUUGGAACACACCCAAACGUCUAUUUGUCCUUGCCAUCCUGCCCUCUACUGCCACAGUUCCAAACAAGCACAGAAUCCACAGGAGAGACAUCCGUGAGAACAGAGUGAGAGAGAUCGAGGGAGAGAAGGACAGACCGAUAGCAUUGAGGGUGAUCAAGGGAGAGAAGGACAGACAGAUAGAGGGUAUGUGUUCUUAACUUGGCUCCUGCUGCUGAACACUAAUAACCCCAAAAACCUCCUGGUUGUCAGUCAUACCUGUUGACUCACCUAUAUCUUUAUUACUGGGAGAAUUCCUACAUAGGGUCUACGCUAGGAGGUGGGAUAAGAGAAUGCUGUCUUAGACCAGGGUGUUCGACCAAGUUCAACCAAUUGAGGACCCUAACGAUCCUGCUGAAAAUCAGACACAACAUCAACAACAUUUAGGGCCAGAGUAAGCAAAGGACAGAAUAUCGAGUGAUUUAAAAGUCUUACACCUAUUUUGCCUGAGCAUGUGUAUCUAUGUCUCUAAGUAACAUUCCUCCAUAACAGAAUCAAUCACAUAUUUACAUUCAAAACAUAGCCAAUUAAAAGCAUGUAUCCCAGGGUGGUUCGUCCAUCCAACUUCGAGCCCACAGUGCUGCUAGGGCUGCUGCUCCUAUGGGGGCCUCUACGGUCCCAGGCCCAGAAUGACACAGAGCCUAUCGUCCUGGAAGGGAAGUGUUUGGUGAUCUGUGACUCCACUCCCAACUCUGAGCCAGCGGGAAAUGCCCUUGGCAUGUCAGUACGCUCAGGCACCGGCCGGGUGGCCUUCUCUGCCACCCGCCAGACCAACCAUGAGCCCACAGACAUGAGCAACCGCACCAUGAUCAUCUACUUCGACCAGAUCCUGGUGAAUGUGGGCAAUCACUUUGACCAGGAGAGCAGUGUCUUCCUAGCCCCCAGGAGGGGAGUCUACAGCUUCAACUUCCAUGUAGUGAAGGCCUAUAACAGACAGACUAUCCAGGUUAGUCUGAUGGUGAAUGGGUGGCCAAUGAUCUCAGCCUUCGCUGGGGACCAGGAUGUGACGCGGGAGGCAGCCACCAACGCAGGCCUGGUGAUCAUGGAGAGAGGAGACAAGACCUACCUCAAACUGGAGAGGGGAAACCUGAUGGGCGGCUGGAAGUAUUCCACCUUCUCCGGCUUCUUGGUUUUUCCCCUAUAGGGAGACAGUCAGCAGGAGGGAGAGGAGGACAGAGGGAAAAUACGGAGAGAAAUAGGGAUUGGGUGGAAAAGGGUGCGACUGAGAAAGAGAUAUGAUUUCAUGUCUGAGAGAGACAAUUAUAGAUGAGGGAUGGAGGGAAACCGAAAGACAUAAUGAACAUUGAUAGCUACGGGUAUUUGAAUUGUCUCAUUCCGUGUCCAGUCUGUGUGUAACUUGUCCUGUAGGAUGGAGGAUCGAGAUAAUAUUUUUGUUCAGACACCAGAGUUGAUGAUGUGCAGUUUGGUACAAAAAUGGCAAUGUGCAAUCAAUUUGUAUCUUUUUCAUUUUCAAGUAACAAGAAAAGUAAAUCCUGUAGCCCCUUAAAACAUGGCAAGACCUUAAUGCAACAUUUGAUUGACAUUUGGAUUACCUGUUAAUCUGGCCAGCCCCCAUGGUUUCCUGCUUUGUUUAACCUGUUUGUCCUGUGAUGGAUUAUAUUUCCCAUUUGCCUGUAUGUGUUUUGCAGUGUGCAUACCUCUUAUGAAGAUUUAAACAAGUCAUAUUAAAAUGAAUAUAUACAUUA